CCCAAGUCUCUCCAACAUCAAAAUCCUUUCUUUCUAAUAUAUCAUCCUUCUCCUUGAUAGCACUUGUAUAGGUGGAAUGUUGUUCUUCCUCUGUACACCUUCUUUACAGAACAUUUUCUUCAUGUUAUCUAAAGAAUAAAGAAGAGCCAGAGGAGUUCUGCUUUCCAAUGACUUACAUCACUCUGCAGACAAUUGGCAGCCAGGAGACGGGCAGCUGCCACACUCUUCAGAUUUCUCUCUAUUUAAAGUUCAAAGAGACGCUGGAUAACAAAAGAAAGAGGUAAGCGUGGCCUGACCUAGCCACCCACCAACAGGAAUAAUGGCUGAAAAAGCAGGAUCUACAUUUUCACACCUUCUGGUUCCUAUUCUUCUCCUGAUUGGCUGGAUUGUGGGCUGCAUUAUAAUGAUUUAUGUUGUCUUCUCUUAGAAAGGCAAGAAGAUAUCACAUUGACAUCAUUUAGAAGAAUUAAGAAAACUAUGAACAUGACUGAUUAUUAAAUGUCUCAUGUUAAACAAUGAAAUGUUUGACAUCACUUCACAAACUUGGAUUAUAAACUGUACUUUGGUGUGCAUAAGAAUUUCUUCAGGACAAAAAGAAAUUAUGAGUGAAUUUCUCUAUAUUCUGAGUGAGAAAAAUGUUUAGCUAUGAUGAAAAAUGCAUGUCAUUAAAAAAGUUUGAUCAAUUUAAUUACAUUACAAAAAAUUCUCCCCCCUACCCUCUGGAAAAAACUAUAGAGAAAGUUGGCUAAGGCUGUGCACGGUGGUUCAUGCCUGUAAUCCCAGCACUUUGUGAGGAUCCCUUGAGCCCAGGAAUUGGAGACCUGCCUAGGCGACAGAGAGAGACUCCAUCUCUACAAAAAAAAAAAAUAUAUAUGGGCUAGAGAUAAAAACAGACAAUUCAUAGAACAUAUACUGUAAAAGUACACUUACUUAACCUCUUGUUCGCAAAAAGAGAAAUGUAAUUAAAACUACACUGAGGAAUCAUCGCUCACUUAUCA